CACCACACCAAACCACCACGCAGAUGCACGAAUGAGAUCAUCCAGCUUGUCUUACGUGGUACGAGCACUCGCGAUAACGCAGGCUCCCUCGUCCAGCUUCCUCCGGCCGUUGGCGGUGCACAGCAGGUCUCAACUCUACAACGGCAGAGGCCUGGCAACGGCCACGUCAUCCAUGGCGUCUUCUCAGCCGCCCCCCUCCUCCUUCGGCAUCAGCCUCCUCACAGCGGAAGACUCAGCGGCGCUCGAUGCAGACCUUAUGUCCACUCCUGGGUUCAGCAUCGACCAGCUGAUGGAGCUGGCGGGGCUGAGCGUCGCGUGCGCCAUCGCCAAAGUAUACCCGCCGUCAUCCAGGGUUCUCAUCGUUUGCGGCCCUGGGAACAACGGAGGCGACGGCCUAGUCGCCGCCAGGCACCUCUGGCACUUCGGCUACAAGCCUACGUGCCUCUACCCCAAGCCCACGGCGCGCCAGCUGUUCACCAACCUCGUCGAGCAAUGCAAGCAGCUGGACAUCGAGUUCCUACCGUCUUGGGAGGCGGCUGGAGACCUAGGUGAUUUCGACGUGGUUCUUGAUGCCAUGUUCGGCUUCGGCUUCAAGGGCGAUCCGCGACCGCCUUUCGAUACCAUCCUCAAGGACCUCUCGAAGAGCGGCGCAACUCCCGUCGUUUCGGUUGACGUGCCAAGCGGGUGGUCGGUGGACGAGGGCGACUCAAAAGGCGACGGCCUCAAGCCCGAAAUGCUCGUAUCUCUCACGGCCCCAAAACUGAGCGCGAGGGUACGUAUUUCGAGGGCCCCCACCACUUCCUCGGCGGCAGGUUCGUCCCCCCAUGGAUCGCGAGCAAGUAUUCCCUCGAGCUUCCCGCUUACCCGGGCUCGGAGCAGUGUGUCCGACUCGAGGAGUGGGGGCAAAAGCGCCGCACAAAACCACAGGAGCAGUGCGACGGAUGAAGGUGGUUAGUGUGGCCGACAACACCUCAUUCGCGUGCGGAACGUAGAUCAGGUCGGAGCAGCGACGUGCAGAUGCCACUUCAAAGUAGUUCGUGAGGAAACAUGUCGACUAGCGCUGAUCUGAGGGCGGGCAGCACUGGGAGCCACAGAGGAUGGAGAGCAGCGGCAGGAUAUCGCCCUGGAGUGGACGGAGAGAAAGUUCGACAAACGAGCUGGGAGAACAGCGCUGAUUGGUUUUGUUGUACAAAGCGUUUAUGUUGGUUUUCGGUAGAUAGAAAGAAGCGUGUAGAAGAAUGAAUGGAUGAAUGAAUGCAGUCAUAGGGACAGGGAGUGUAGUCUCACAACAUAUGCCUACACAGGGUUGAAAGCGGCAACAACCUCGUGCGACAAGAUGUACCGAAAGGAUCGAUACGAUAUGCUGAUGAAUGAAUCCCAUCGUUACGGACGACGAAACCUGGAACAUGCAGAAAACCAAUGGCAGUGUCAGUUUCGGGCGAGCAAGCCAAACCCUCCGGCACAUUCCGGUAAAGCCCCAUUUGCG